UGAAGGACGCUUGAUAGUCAAGACGAACCUACUUUUUUCGUCGACCAAAACCUACUUAAAAAAGGGGGGAAAUCUCUUCUCUAGUUAGGCCACAAGAUUUUAGCUAUGAACAACAGAACAAGUUCAACAGUAAAAACACAUUAAUAAGUUGAGUCCAAAAGUGAGACAAAACUUUCCACCUUUCAGACAAUCUCUCCAAUGGAUCCCCUCACCCUCCUCCGGGAGUACACCAUCCGAAACGAGCUCCACAAAAUCGUCCGUAUCGGCGACGACUACCGUUUCGGCAACGACUACUCUUUCCCCUGCACCAUCGAAACAGCUUACCGCUCUAAGCACGUGCAAGCCAAUCGCUACACUCUCGAAACCCUAAUCAACUUCAUCACCAAUCACCACCUCAAACACACCGAUUACAUCCAGCAAUCACGCUCCCUUCGUAUCCCCGCCGUCACUCUCCCUGAUCGUAAACCCCUCCUCGAUUAUCUCACCGGAAAAACUGCCUCGUCCGACUCCAUUGAAUUCCUCAAAUUCCCUCAGCCCAAUGAAACUACGGUUCCUAUUUCUGUUUCUGCUGCUGGUCUUGGUAACGAUGACAAUUUUUUAACGGACGUUAGGGUUUUGGAAAAUCGAAACCCGAUUGAGCUGAUUAGAGCUGCAGAGAAGCCUUUGAAGGAUAGGGAGUCGAUUUUGAUGUGUAAGAACCGGGAUUUUUACAGUGUUUUUACGGCGGCGUUGCGUAGAGAUGAGGAGCGGCAGCGGGCAGAGUCUUUGCAGAGAAAAGACGGUUUGGUAGCGAAGAAUCGGAUAGAGAGAGCGGGGUUUGGCGGUGGUGAUGAAUUAGGGUAUGAUGGUGGGCCCAAGGCGAAAAUGCAUUUGAAGGGAAGCAAGAUAGGGGAGGGUGUUCCGAUCAUUUUGGUUCCCAGUGCGUUUUCGACUUUGAUUACUAUUUAUAAUGUGAAGGAGUUUUUGGAGGAUGGGGUCUUUAUACCAACUGAUGUGAAAUUGAAGCAGAUGAAGGGGACGAAACCGGAUUGUAUAACGGUGCAGAAGAAGUUUAGUAGGGAUAGGGUAGUUACAGCCUAUGAGGUGAGGGAUAAGCCUUCUGCACUGAAGGCGGAGGAUUGGGAUCGUGUGGUGGCGGUUUUCGUGUUGGGGAAAGAAUGGCAGUUCAAAGAUUGGCCCUUUAAGAAUCAUGUUGAGAUCUUUAACAAGAUUGUAGGAUUUUUCUUGCGUUUUGAGGAUGAUAGCGUGGAGUCAGCGAAGACCGCAAAGCAAUGGAAUGUCAAGAUUAUUUCGAUAAGUAAAAACAAACGUCACCAGGACAGAGCUGCAGCACUUGAGGUGUGGGAGAAACUUGAAGAAUUUAUGAGGUCUCGCUCACAUUGAUGCAUGUUGAGGCUCUAGGUGAAAGUAGAUGACAAGUGGCCUACAAAACUGGACAGUGAAGACUCGACAAAACACAAUAGACUUGUGAGCCUAUAAUGGGAAUACAGUUGCGUCAGAUGAAUAUCCUCCUUUGUAGGUUCUACGAGGUCUUCUAUUGGGAUAUAUGCACCCUUUGUUCUAGACGUGUGAAUCCUGUGUAGGUAUACCUUUCUUGUAGGCCAACAGAAAUUAUUUUACUAGUUCUUUUUUAAUUUAUUAAUUUCUUUGAAAGUGAGGCUUUUUUC